UAUAUAUUGCCCUCUCAUGCCUAAACACUUUUGGCUCCGGAGGGGCUUCAAGUUAAUUGUUCCUAUAAGGUUGGAUCUGGGAGGUUGAGAGUUCUUGGAGAAGGCAUCAAGACACAGCAAACAAAUUAAAGCUCAUUGCUUCACGCAAUCAAUUGCACCCAUGGACAAGCCACCAGCCUCGGCCUCCACCACCACCACCUUCAUCCAAGCCGAUGCCACCACCUUCAAGGAGCUCGUCCAGCGCCUCACUGGCCCGGCCGAGUCAACUACGACUGCCUCCACCGUGUGCUCCCCUCCCUCCUCCUCCUCCUCCUCCUCCUCCCUCCCCGCAUGCCGACUCAAGCGACUCCAUCACGGCUCUCAUUUGAGGCUUGCCAUCCCAAGGACAGAUGCUCCAUCGGGAUCAACUAAGCUGGCCAGUCCGGCAGCACCGUCGCCUGCAGCCACCUUCGCGAGGUUGGAUAUAUCAGCGGAGGAGAAGAGUGGGGAGGCUAUUGAGGAGGCGGAGGACGAGGAGGAGGAGCGGGCCAUUAAAGAGAGGCGGUUCUAUUUGUACCCUUCGCCUCGGGCAAAAAACAGGGUUGCUGAGCCGGAGCUGCUCCCGUUGUUUCCCAUCACAUCACCGAGGGCUGCUGCCGGCGAGCCGUGAGAAUUGUAUGUGAAACUGGAUGAAUUGAAUUUAGCCUAGUUAAUUAAACUUAUUGUUUUAUGAAUAAAUGAGGGUUUGAGGAUAAUUAAGGGAAUGUUUAGUUAAA